AAAUGUUCGAAGUAGCUCAAAGGGCUCGAAGUGAAAACAUUGUAUUUUUGUUUGACAUUAUCCAUAGUCCGUAUUAUUGAUAAAUGCGAAAUUAUUCAAACGAAGAAAAAAGACCAAUGAGAAAUAUUCUUGCUUCCAAUUUUUCGACUAUGGAUAUUUUGCUGCAUUAAGCACUUUCACCAGUGUCAAAAUUGUAGUGUCGUUCACUACAAAAGUGCAAACUAAAUACAUAAAAUUGUUUGGUUAUUGAAAAGUUACUUCGAAAAAAAAAAUCGUAUAAAUUUUGGAGCAAAAUAAGAAAAUAAAAUACAAAUCGCAAGUGUUGUUGCGUAUUUGUUGAUAUUUGUGUUUGCGAUUUGUGUGCCAUUUAGAAGCAAAAAUUUCACGUGAUGGGUACGAACAUAUCGCAACUUGAACGAGAUAUUGGAUCCGACCAAUUUCCACCAAACGAACAUUAUUUUGGGCUUGUCAAUUUUGGUAACACAUGCUACAGUAAUUCAGUGCUGCAGGCAUUAUACUUUUGUAAACCGUUUCGAGAAAAAGUGCUUGAAUAUAAAGCAAAAAAUAAACGAACCAAAGAAACACUACUGUCAUGUUUAGCCGAUUUAUUCUACAGCAUAGCUACACAAAAGAAAAAAGUUGGUUCAAUAGCACCGAAAAAGUUUAUAGCACGUUUACGAAAGGAAAAGGAAGAGUUUGAUAAUUAUAUGCAACAAGAUGCCCAUGAAUUUUUAAAUUUUCUAAUCAAUCACAUCAACGAGAUUAUUUUGGCGGAACGGGGACAAAAAAAUGCAAAUGCAUCUUCAUCAUCGUCGUCAUCGUCUAGUUCACAUUUUGCUAGUGUUAGAGCAAAUUUUGUUGGCGGUAACUGUUCGAGCAAUGGUGCUGAUUGCAAUGGUUCAGCAAACGGUCAACCUCAGGAGCCAACAUGGGUGCACGAAAUAUUCCAGGGGACGCUCACAAGUGAAACGCGUUGCUUAAACUGUGAAACAGUCAGCAGCAAAGAUGCACACUUUUUUGAUCUACAAGUCGACGUCGAUCAAAAUACUAGCAUAACGCAUUGUUUACGUUGUUUUAGUAACACAGAAACAUUGUGCAGUGAUAAUAAAUUUAAAUGCGAUAACUGUUGCAAUUAUCAAGAAGCUCAAAAGCGAAUGCGUGUCAAAAAGUUGCCAAUGAUUCUAUCACUGCAUUUAAAACGUUUCAAGUAUAUGGAGCAAUAUAAUAGACACAUUAAAGUAUCGCAUCGAGUUGUGUUCCCGCUAGAGUUACGACUAUUUAAUACGUCCGACGAUGCUGUGAAUCCGGAUCGAUUGUACGAUCUAAUGGCUGUUGUUAUACAUUGCGGUUCUGGACCGAAUCGUGGUCACUACAUUAGUAUUGUUAAGAGUCAUGGUUUUUGGUUACUGUUUGAUGACGAUAUGGUAGAUAAAAUUGAUGCGUCAGCGAUUGAAGACUUUUAUGGGCUAACAUCAGAUAUCCAAAAAUCAUCCGAAACUGGUUAUAUUUUAUUUUAUCAAUCAAGAGAUUGUGGUACAUGAAUUCGAAUGUUAGACAGAAUUAAACAAUAUAUAUCAUAAUUUCUUUUUUUCAA